AUGUCAUGUGAGCAUAUAACUCGCUUGCCUUUACUUGGACUUCGCGGGCAUAAGGUCUACUUCCUCGCAUUUGCCUUUUGUAUGGCCUACAAUACCUGCGACUCCGAAGAGGUCCUAUGGAUGGCGUCCGUCUCGAAAAUGGUACCUGCGCCAGGCAUGGUUGGAAAGCGAUCGACUCAAUGA